UCAAUAAUUAUUUCCUCUCGUGGGGUCUUUGCCCCUGAAAUUGCGUUGCGCCCCUUCUUCCAAUUCCUCUGAUAGAAUAAGCUCUCCCAACAUUCAUUCUCAUUCACAGUUCCACGGAAAGUAAGAGAACACCAGAAAAUGGACGGUGAACGGAGAGUCGGAGUGGCGGUGGAUUUCUCCUCCUGCAGCAGAAAAGCUCUCAAAUGGGCUAUCGAUAACAUUAUCCGCAAGGGCGAUUUUUUGAUUCUCAUCACUGUUCGUCCUGACGGUGAUUAUGAAGACGGCGAGAUGCAGCUCUGGCGAACCACCGGAUCUCCGCUUAUUCCUAUGGUUGAGUUUGCCGAUCCUCACACCUUGAAGAAGUACGGGAUUAAGCCUGAUGCUGAAACUAUUGACAUUGUGACGACUGCGGCGGCGCAGAAGGAGAUCACUGUGUUGCUUAAGAUUUAUUGGGGAGAUGCUCGUGAGAAGAUUUGUGAAGCGAUUGAUCAUAUUCCUAUUAGCUGUCUUGUGAUCGGAAACAGAGGUCUUGGCAAGAUUAAGAGGGCCAUAUUGGGGAGCGUAAGCAACUAUGUGGUGAACAAUGGUGCCUGCCCAGUGACUGUAGUGAAGAAAAUAGAUAACGAGAACUGAUUGCUCCAUCCCACAACACUCUUGAAUCUCCAUUUCCUCGUUCAAAUUUUCUGAUUAUGUGUUUGUUUUGUGAAUUGGAAAUGUGUAUGUUGAUGGCCUUAGUUUCUGUUUUGUUCAUUAAAAUGUUUGUCAAAUAAUGGGAACCUCUUCAUGGGGUGUUUGUAAUAGGAUGAAUAAUGAUUUAGAGACUGGUUUGGGAGUGUUCUUGAAAACAAUUUUCUGUUCAAUAACAAUAUAUUUUUUUUUCUUUC